UCUGUGUCUCUAGGGAUGUGGGGCUUCCACGACAGAGACCUGGUACUGAGGAAGUCUCUGUAUGGCAUGAUGAAGAGUGGAGCGGAGAGAGAGGCUCUGAAGAGGAGGUGGAGGUGGCAGCAGACACAACAGAACAAAGAGUCAGGGCUGGUGUACACGGAGGAGGAAUGGGAGAGAGAAUGGAACGAGCUGCUGAAACUAGCUUCUAGUGAACCACGUACGCACAGCAGCAAGAACAACAACAAUACUGGAGGGGUGGAUAACUCGGAGGACCCUGUGUAUGAGAGCCUGGAGGAGUUCCACGUGUUUGUCCUGGCUCACGUGCUGCGUCGACCCAUCAUAGUGGUGGCUGACACCAUGCUACGGGACUCAGGGGGAGAGGCAUUUGCCCCCAUCCCGUUCGGAGGGCUCUACCUGCCCCUGGAGGUGCCUCCUAACCUGUGCCACUGCUCUCCCCUGGUCCUAGCUUACGACCAGGCACACUUCUCUGCCCUGGUGUCCAUGGAGCAGAAGGACCAGCACCAAGAACAAGCUGUGAUCCCGCUGACCGACUCAGAACACAAGCUGCUAUCUCUCCACUUCGCUACGGACCCUGGGAAGGACUGGGAGUGGGGCCGGGACGACAGCGACAACAUCAAGCUAGCCAAUUUAAUCCUGUCUCUGGAAGCCAAACUGAACCUGCUGCAUAACUACAUGAACGUAACAUGGAUCAGGAUACCAUCUGAGACCAGGGCUCCCCUGGCCCAACCGGAGUCUCCCACGGCGUCCCACGGGGGCGAUGACGUCCAGUCUCUAGCCGACUCCAUGGACUCCGACCGCGACUCCGUCUGCAGCAACUCCAACGUCAACAACGGCAAGGUCUCCACCAAGGACAAGGACAAGGAUCCCAGGGAGAAGACGGAGAGGCAGCAACAGCGUAAAGACAAGGACAAGACCAGGACGGACUCUGUGGCCAACAAGCUAGGCAGCUUCAGCAAGACCCUGGGUAUCAAGCUGAAGAAGAACAUGGGAGGUCUGGGAGGGCUGGUCCACGGAAAGAUCAACCGCUCCAACUCCGGAGGCAACGGCCGGAACAACGGAGGAGUGGGGGGCAACGGAGGAGGAGGGGGCGGCAACGGAGGAGGGACAGAGAAUAAUGUAGAGAAGAAGAAGGAGAAAAAGGAGGGGAAAGCACGGAAGGAUGGAGGAGGAGGAGAGAAGGAAGGCCAGUCUGCGAGUACGUCGUUCUCCUCGGACAAGACCACCAGCCCGUCUCCCACCGAGCGCCCCCCAGGCGUGCCCUCUCCUCCCGGGGAACGGGACAGGGACAGGGGGGGUCUCCUGGCCAGACUGGUGGGGGAUAAGGCCCUGUCGGAGCACUGGAAGUACAGCACAGACGUCAAGCUGAGCCUCAACAUACUGAGAGCCGCCAUGCAGGGCGAGAGGAAGUUCAUCUUCGCUGGCCUUCUCCUCACCUCCCAUCGCCACCAGUUCCAUGAGGAGAUGAUCUCCUUCUACCUGACCUCCGCUCAGGAGCGCUUCUCUGCCGAGCAGGAGACUAGGAGGAAGGAAGGAGAGAAGAAACCUGCAGCAAACUCUACAACCACGACGACUACGACCAACGGGUCCUCCAACGCCCUGAAGAAACCAGAGCAGGAGAGCGCCCCUCACCGGGAG